CCUCGCUUGUUUGGGCGGGUCUACUGUAAAAACAAAAAACUAUACAACAGGAAGAAGAACCCAGUCUGCGCUCUGCUGUCAUGGUCGCUUUAACAUCAGCGCCAUUCGUGGCUUUGUUCGCUUGUUCAUGGAUCUUUGUUCUGUGUCAAGAAACACAGGAGGUGACAGUGAAGCCUGGAGAGGACGCCACUCUUCCCUGUCGGGGUCACAGAGGUGCUACCAUAGAAGUGAUAAAGUGGAUCAGAACUGACCCGAAGUCAGGUGAUGGUUAUGUCUUCUUCUUCAGAGACGGCCGCUCAUAUGAAAACUACCAGCAUGAAUCUUUUUGUGGUCGAGUGGAGCUGAGAGAUCCAGAGAUGAAGGACGGAGACGCUUCUGUGAUUCUGAAGAACGUCAACAUCAACGAUGCUGGAACAUAUGAGUGUCGGGUUAGAGAGGAAAAUACAUCUGAACUCACCGGCAUCGUCAGGCUGACAGUGAAAGUGACAGGUCACACAGCUGGACACAAGGAGGGAGGAGACAAGGAGGGAGGAGACAAGGAGGGAGGAAACAAGGAGGAAGGAGACGGGGAGGGAAAUGUUGGACUGAGAGUCGGUCUGCCAGUUUCUGUGAUUCUUCUUCUUCUUCUUCUUGGUGUUGGUGGUUUUGUGAUCUUUAAAGAAUAUAACAGACGCACAGGGUAUCAACAACCUGCUAUAAACAGACAUGAACUGCAGAACCUGCAGAGAGAUUAACAGACCAGAGGCAGCAGAUGAGAAUUAGUGAGGAUCCAGACUGAACUCACUCUGGUUACUGUGGGGAGCACUGAUUGGUCGUUACUCUCUGGCUGCUGAUUGGUGGACUGAACGUGCUGCUGGACAGAAGAAACACAUUCCUCCUGUAAAAUAAACCUGAGCUGUUGACAUACGUCUGAUUUCACCUGGAGGCAGGUUAAUGCCAGAUGGGCUGACUGACCAGCAGCUCUGUGGGACAAACAAUAUGACCUGAUGCUGGAACAGCCAGCUGAUUGUUAAUUACAGGAAGUGGUACAGACCGUCGGCACCUCCCCCACCCCUUCAAGUGGAUCCAUCCAUCCAGGUAGAGUCAGAGGUCAAAUCAAAUUAAACGGGUAAAGGACCAAAAA